UUCCUGCUUAUCUGUGCGUGCUGGGGUGUUGCUUGGCCGCGGUUCAGUCGUCGCGGCGGAACUCGGGGCUGUGCGUGAGCGAGCGAGCGAGGACGAAAGCCGGAGUGCCUGCUGCGGAUCUCGCUGAAGCUGCGUUGGGGAGGCUCCCUCCGGCUGCUGCCGAGCCCUCACCUUUCCCUCGAAGCCGCAGGAGCGAAGGGUCCCUUGGCGCUUCUUCGCCCUGGCCGAAGGAACCGCUGCGAGGCGAAUGUAAGCGAAGGAGGGAGGAAGGAAGGAAGGAAAGAAGGGAAGAUGGUCAUUCGAGUCUUCGUCGCCUCCUCCUCUUGUUCCGUGGCGAUAAAGAAGAGACAGCAAGACAUUGUGCAAUUUCUGGAAGCCAACAAGAUUGACUUUGUAGAGGUGGAUAUCACCAUGUCGGAGGAGCAAAGGCGAUGGAUGUAUAAAAAUAUUCCUCAAGACAAGCUGCCUGCACAAGGCAACCCGCUGCCUCCCCAGAUUUUUAGCGAUGAUCAGUAUUGUGGAGAUUAUGACUCCUUUUUUGAAUCCAAGGAAAGCAACACCGUCCUUACAUUUCUUGGCUUGAAACCUGGUUUGGCAUCAAAGGAGUCAGAGCCUUAGAAAAGUUCCUUGAGGAUUCAAGAAGCACACUGUCUGGGUGAAUGAAAUCCUUGAUGUUCAGCACACAACAAUUUCCCUAGUGGAUCACUGUGACACAAGCCAAUGUGCACCAUCAAUAUUUUGCUUGACACUAAAGAGGUGAAAUAAGGCUGUGGAUACAAAAUGGACUAAGUGAUGGAGGUGGUGGUGGGUGGGUGCUCUUCCUGCUUUGCAAACAUACCUGAAGUUGAUGUUGGGGACAAUUGUUCUAACAGGUGCUCAUGUUCCACUUGAAUGAUGACUUAUAUUCUCAAAAUGGUAGGUGGGUAUUGAAACUGACUGUACAGUGGUAUAUCGUCUUAGCUUCAAACGCUGAGAAUUAUGGCAGACAUGACUAUUAUUCUUGAACGCAUUAACAAUAAUAGACAAUGUUGAGCUGCAGAAAUCUCAGUCCAAAAAAUACCCUCAAAAGGCAAGAUUUCUAUUUUUGGAGUAUUUGCUACUUGUGCCGAAAUGUGUUUAAUUAAUGUAGAAGUAGUGGCCUGGUAAGUCUUCCCACUUGAAAAAUGAGAUCAAAAUCUCACAUCUCCUUAGCAGUAAGUUAUAAAAGCAAGGACCUUCCUACAUAUACACCUAGCGUCAGCAUUGAUGACUUUGCUUUGACUUGCCCCCGAGAAUAAUCUGAAAUGAGAUGUUCAACAAAAACUACCUUAACUUUAGAAGAGAAUACCAGGCGUGUCUGUCAUUUUGAGUUGUAUUACAUGCAUUUGCCAAAAUUUAUAUUUAUAAUUGAGAGUUAUUCUUCUACCUUACAAGCAAUCAUAUUGCUUAUGAAUCCUAUUGCUGUCAAUGAGAUUAAUUUUAGAACAAAGGUUAAAACCUGUAGUGCGCUGUGUAGUGUAAUCAGAGUCUGUAAAAGCCAGAACUUAGUUCUGUUGCCUUAAAGGCUGAGGGUAUAGGGAGGGUUCUUAAAGGACAGAAGCAUUACUUCUUGUAAAAGGUGUUGGUUUACGUGGCUGUGCUGGAUGAAAUUAGUGUGCUUAGCAUCCCAGUUUUGAACCAUCAGUGGCAGUAAAGGUAACAUAUUCCAGCCCAGUGGUAUAUCUAUGAAGUAUGCAAAUGAACAGUGUGGGACUGAACAAUAACAGCAUAAUCCUAUGCAUAUUAAAGUUCAAUGAGACUCAUUUCCAGGAAAAUGUGUAGAGCACUGCAGCUUGAUUGAGUUUUAAAACACAAUUUUAUUUUAUCGUUUGGAGCUUUCAACACUUUGUCAAAAAUAACCCACACUGAUCACUAAAUUUUUUGCUGAAACUUUGGGGCUUUCUUGUCAAGGCAGUUUUAUAAUGUUGUUUUUCUGUUUGGGCCUAAAUUUGUGGCCCAAACAGUUUGGGUACUUUUCUUCCAUUACCCAUGGCUUGCUUUUUUUUUUUUUACAGAUUGCCACGAUUUACAAUUCUUUAGCUGACCUUUACAAUUCUUUAGCUGACCGUUCUCACAUUCUGCUUCCCAGCAUGCUGCCUGGAUGCUGGGAAGAACACAAAUGUCAGAGCUACAAAUAUAUGGACUGAAAUCAUGCUGAUUUGCUUUACUGCACUGCAACUGAAAAAUCUUGAGAACGUUAGCAUAGCUUUCUUUUCAGGUCUUAGGUUCUGCCACUACCCAGGAUGAGUCCCUAGGAAAAACUAAUCAUAUUUGGACUUUUAAGUGAAUCAUUUUAUACACGACCACUUGUUUCCUUACAGUAAAGCCUGGAGUAGGGAAGAUCUCAAUACUAACUUGAAAUUUGGAUUAUCUGAUUUAAAGUUUAUUUAUUUAUAUUUAUUUAUUUACAAUAUUUAUAUACCGCUGCCCAUUCAGAAUUUUGGAGCAAUGGACAAAUUAAAUUAGAAUAAAGACAGAAUAAAAACACAUCAAAAGUACAUUUUAAAAGAAACAAAGUGCAAAAUUAACCGUGGCUGGUCAUUAAGAGAAGACUUCCUGGAACAGCAACGUUUUCAGGAGGUGACAGAAGGAAUACAAAGUUUGCACCUGCCUGCCCUCCAGAGACAGGGGGUUCCAUAGCUGGGGCCCCACCACACUCAAGGCUCUUGCCCUGGUAGACUCCUAACGGGUGAUAGGUCAAUGUAGAACCAUCAGGAGCAUGACCUCUGAUGACCUCAGUGACCAGGCAGGUUGAUAGGGGAGAAGGUGGUUUCUCAGGUAUCCUGGUCCCAAGUUGUUUAGGGCUUUGUACGCUAAUACAAGAACCUUAAACCUGGUCCAGUAGAGAAUAGACAGCAGGUGAAGUUCCCUCAGCAGAGGAGUUGCAUGCUGGAAAGGGGCAGCUCCAGACAACAGCCGAGCUGCAGCAUUCUGCACUAGCUCCAGCUUCUGGACCAGCCUUAAGGGCAGCCCCACAUAAAGUGCAUUGCAGUAAUCCAGUCUUGAGGUUACUAAUGCCUGUACCACCGUGGCCAAGCUGUCCUUGUCCAGGAGAGGCCGUAGCUGGCCCCUUGGGCCUCCAGUGACAGAGAUGGAUCUAAGAGUACCCCCAAACUAUGAACCUGAUCUUUCAGAGAGGGAGUGCAUUCUGAGCUACUGUCCCAAAGAAAAAUGCAAGUUGAUAUUCACAGACAAACAUUAGUUGUGCUUAAAUCCCAUUAAUAGGACAAGUUAGUUGUAUUUCAUUUUAAGUCCCAUUCAUUUUAAUGAGAUUUAAGCAUAACACAGGGCCAAACUACACAUUAUGCUUAUUGUAUAACAUGUAACUGCAUCUUGUUAAUUACAGGCUUGUGAGCAGGGCAAUUCUUACUUUGGAUCUAGUGGGCACUAAAGGGAAACUCAUCUCUUCACUCCCUCGUUGCAUUCUGACCAAAAGCUGCACCCCACAUAAUGCUUGCAGAUUUGGAGGGGGGGGGGGGAAAUCCCACUGGCACCCAAUUUCCCAUUGGCUGCAUUCAAAGUAAGAAUCACCCCCACCCUCACCUCGCUACCUUAACAAUAAGUGCAGCAUGUUUGGGCCUGGCUCUUCGCGAUUGAGGCUAAAGGACUUUAGGAAGUGUUUUGCUGUGGGAAACAUGUUCUCCCCCAUGCGCAUGCAGAGCUCCCCAUUUGCUCAGGCUUUCUUUUUAUCUUUGAUCAAGAUGACCUCUUUCAGUGCCCUCUGGGUCAGGACAAUAAAAUAGUUAAAAUAUUUGUCCUAAAAAUAAGCAAUAAAAAAAGAACUAAAGAGAAGCCACAUUGAAUCAACCAUUAAAAACACAGAUAAAUAUGAAGUGCUUAUAGGAGCCCUAUAUAGUUGUUCAAAGCUCAGGGAAGUUUCAAAAGCAGUUUGUAGUUGGGAGCAGGAUGGGUUUGCUCUCCCAAGGGGUGGGAAAAGUUUAACAUUCCACUGUGCUGCCCAUUCCACUGUGUGCAUGCAAGCCCUCUAGCAUGCGAUAGUAGCUCUUUGGAUCCUAGUUAACGUUAAAGAUAUUUGUGAUAGGCAAAAGGUACAUCAUUUUAAAAUGCCUUAAAUGUAUGUUUGUGUGUGUGUGUUGGAGGAAGGAGGAUAUGCCUAGAAAUGCGAGACUAGAUCAAAAGGUGUCCAAUUUUCAUGCCUGUAUCAAUUUGUUAAAUUCACUGGUGAAUGCUAUUUGGUUUUUAAUGCAAAGUUUGGCUUUCAUUUUUUAUAUUAAAAUUUUGUAAAGUGCUUGAAUACUUUCCAUGUUAUUUUCAUUCUAUUACAUCCUUGUUUUGUGGGGGAAGUUAGAUGUAGUUAUUAUAAUGCAUUGUUUAUUUUUUAAAUAGCCUAGUUUCUUUUGUUUACAAACCUCUUGAGUAGUCUGUUCUUUGGUGUCCCAGCCCUCUAAUGAUGUACUCAUAUCAGGAAAUAAAAUAGAUUUGUUAGUCAAA